UUAAUCCUUCAUUUCUAACUUCUUUCUUCUUCUUCCUCCUCCUAAAUCCUUCCUCAAACCCAGCCUAACAAUGGCUGCCAUUUCUCUCUCUCUCUCUCUCCUCCAAUCCAAAGAAAUUUCCCCUAAAUCCCUUCCUUUUUCCUUUCACCCUUUUCAACAAAGCAAACAAAGACAGGAAAUGGCCAGUUUCUCAAUCAACAACAAUAACAACAACAAAAACAACAAAAUCCAUUAUUAUUUCUCCAUCUCUUUCCUCGGUCUUUUCUUGUCUCUUCUCCUCCCAACCCCCGUCGCCGCCACUCCCUCCACCCCCGCCGGAAUCCGGUUAGGAAUCAUCCGAAAACCUACCUCGGACGUCCCAAUCUUCCGGGAAGCACCAGCGUUUCGAAACGGGGAUUCGUGUAAUAAAGAUGAAAAGAUACAUGUAGCAAUGACAUUGGAUUCGAAUUACCUGAGAGGAACAAUGGCGGCGGUCUUGUCGAUCCUUCAGCACUCGACUUGUCCGGAGAACGUUGAGUUCCAUUUCUUGUGGGCGAGAUUUGAAGGGGAGGUGUUCUCGUGUAUCAAAUCGACAUUUCCUUAUCUGAAAUUUAGGAUUUAUCGUUUCGACGCCGGUAGGGUUAGAGGGAAAAUAUCGAAAUCCAUCCGGCAAGCUUUGGAUCAACCGUUGAAUUAUGCGAGGAUUUAUUUGGCGGAGAUUUUACCGUCGGAGGUUAAGAGAGUUAUUUAUUUGGAUUCUGAUUUGGUUGUUGUUGAUGAUGUUGCUGAGCUUUGGGGUGUCAAUUUGGGUGAUAAGGUAUUAGCAGCACCGGAGUAUUGUCAUGCAAACUUCACAAAAUACUUCACAGAACAAUUUUGGUCGGACAUGGAGCUAGCAAAGACGUUCGACAGGCGAAAACCAUGCUACUUCAACACAGGUGUAAUGGUUGUCGACGUCGAGAAAUGGCGUAGGGGUGAGUUCACACAAAAGAUGGAAGAUUGGAUGGCAGUGCAGAAGCAACGACGAAUAUACCACCUUGGCUCUUUACCGCCGUUCCUCCUCGUCCUUGCAGGUGACAUACGCGCAGUGGAUCACCGUUGGAACCAACAUGGUCUGGGCGGAGACAACCUGGAAGGAAAAUGUAGGAGCCUCCACCCUGGUCCCAUUAGCCUCCUCCAUUGGAGUGGCAAAGGGAAGCCUUGGCUAAGACUAGAUUCUAGGAAGCCUUGCACUGUUGACCACCUUUGGGCCCCUUAUGAUCUCUACCGUCCAUCCACUCAUUCAUUGGAAGAGUAAAGAGUAUAUAAAAGAGAGAGAGUGAGAGUGAGAGUGAGAGAGAGAGAGAGAAGAGGGAAGAAGGGAAAAAAAAAAGGUUUUUUUUUUCUUUUUUUUUCUAAUAUGAGUUUUUUGCUACGAAAUUUGGGUUAACCUAAACUAGAAGGAGCAAAGAACGUGUACUGAUAUAAAUGAUCAAAGUUGGAUUUGGGGGAAAAGUUGGCAAAGUGGUUUAAUUCUUUUUUUUUUUUUAAUUUUUUAAUUUUUUUUGGGGGGGGAGUUUGAUAUUUGG